AUGGCUUUUUCCAGCUCCACUGCCAUGUUCAGAUCACUGGUUUUGGUGCUGGUUCUUGCACUCACUGUAAGGAGCUCACCCCAUAAGAAGGUGGUUCACGCUCAACCCAGCAAGGCUGAUGCCUCUGUGAGGCUGAGUGAAGACUGCCUGAACCAAAGGGAUCUCAAAUUCCCCACAUCAGUGGAAGUCAACAUUCGUAUCAUCAAGUCACAUCAUGCCUUUAGGAUGGUCCACGAUAUCAGGAACCGAUCUCUCGCUCCUUGGGAUUACAGGCUCGACGAGGACCCCAACCGCUUCCCCCAGGUGAUUGCUGAAGCCCAGUGCCGCCUCUCUGGGUGUGUGAGCCCCCUGGGGCAGGAGGACCACAGCCUCAACUCCGUCCCCAUCAAGCAGGAGAUCCUCGUCCUGCGGCGGGAGCAGCAGGGCUGCCGGCCCACCUACCGCCUGGAGAAGAAACUCAUCACCGUGGGCUGCACCUGCGUCACUCCAGUCAUCCGCCACCACUCCUAG